UUGAAAAUCUAACCUAUACUUAAUAUAACCAAAAAAAACUGAUGUACUAUUGAAAUUGUUGGUGGUGGAAUAGUUUGAUAUAUAAUUAGUUUAUAUUAAAGGGAAAAAAAUUCAAACAUUUUUAUACAUAUAAUAUACAUGAACCUUUAAAUGUGUUUCAGAUGUACUUACAGACUUUGUACAGCAGUUGACACCUGGUUACCUUGGUAAUAUAGAAGCAGGAAAGGAAGGUAAUAAAGAUACCGAAACUCCGUCAGAUGAAGAACCUGGAAAUAACCAGUGCCGAUUCUGUCAGAAAUGUUUCGCAUCAAGGAGAACAUUAAGAAUACACCAGCGACUACAUACCGGGGAAGAAUUAUUUAAAUGUAAGAUGUGUGGCAAAUCUCUGGCCACGAAACAGGCACUGGAAAUUCAUGAAAGAAUUCACACUGGUGAACGUCCGUACGUGUGUCGCUAUUGUAAUAAAGGAUUUUCACACAAGGAUCAACUGGAUAUACAUGUGAGAAUACAUACUGGAGAGAAACCCUUCCAAUGUACAGUGUGUGAGAAAAGAUUUUCCCACAAAAGCAAUAUGAAAACUCACAUUUUAUCACAGCAUGGACACGAGAACUUUCAGCUUUUUAGUGGUGAAAUAUUAAGGUCAACACCAGAACUCCAAGAGAAAUUUCUACGAGACACAGUGUAUAAUGAUUUUAUUAUAUAUUUUUCAGGUCAGAUGAUGGAACAUUCAACAUGUGGUAUUCCAACUGCAGGCUUGAAUUUAAAGCAUAGGUGCCCAAUUUGUGGAAAACUUACACAAAGCCGGUAUCAGCUUGAGGUACAUGUUAGAACACAUACAGGAGAGAAGCCUUACCGAUGUACACUUUGUGAGAAAAGAUUUUCACAUAAAAGCAAUAUAAAACGACACUUGCUGAGUCAACAUGGCGACAAGAGUUUACCAUAUUACAUAGACAAUGAGUGACAAUAAGGGAAUAAUUAUUUUUCUGUUACAAAAAUUGUGUAGAAAAGUGACUAAAAAGACAAGAAGUAUUUGUUUUAUUGUUAUAAUAUUUUAUAGCUAUUUCCUUGGGAAAAACCACACUCGAUGACCUUAAUAGAAACAUUUUAGUGAUAUUGAUAUAUUAACAUUAAAGAAUAUCUGUAUUUUACCAGACACAUGUGUAUAUUUAAUACAAUGUAUAACAAGGACAAUAAAUCAUGGAAGAAUUUAGAA